AUGGGGUCCCCGAAUUAUCUAGAGUGGGGCUUCGCGGCAGGGGUUGAGCUGCUAAUGACGUAUACUUGUCGGGAGAGCUUGAAGGGAGAGUCAUAUGGUAGAGACGAUGAAUAUAUUAUUGGAGUUGGAAAGGCUGAUAUUACUGGUCCUUGCGUCGAGAUCAACUUAAUGGGAUAUGCCGAUCCGCAUCAAAUUGGAACCGGUUUGCGACAACGACUCCAUUCGCGAGCAUUUAUCGUAGCCGACCCUGCCAACCCGUCCGAUAGAUUCGUAUACCUUGUCCUCGACACCCAGUCAGGUGAUACGGCCGUUCGAUAUGGUAUCUUGUCGGGAUUACAGGAGCUUGGAUCCGAAUAUGAAAACUACGGGCAUCACAAUUUGGCUGUGACGGGCACUCAUUCGCAUUCAGGUCCUGGUGCUUGGCUCAAUUACCUGUUACCUCAGAUCACGAGCAAGGGCUUUGACCAGCAGAGCUAUCGGGCUAUAGUCGAUGGCGCCCUCCUAUCCAUUCGUCGUGCGCACGAAAGCCUUGUGCCGGGACAUCUUAGUGUUGGAUCUACUAAGGUAUUCGGGGCCAAUAUCAAUAGGAGCCUUUUCGCGUAUCUCUCAAACCCGGAAGAAGAACGUGCAAAAUACAACAUCAGUUCCGAAGACGACGGAUCCGUAGAGAAGGACCUUACUAUGCUUAAAUUCCAACGAGCUUCGGAUAGCAAAAAUAUUGGCGUGCUUACUUGGUUCCCUACGCAUGGGACUUCAGUGCUUGGAAACAACACUUUGAUAUCAGGUGAUAACAAAGGAGUGGCGGCAUAUUUGUUUGAGAAGAGCGUUGCGGGUGAUGAAACUGCAGCAGAGGGUUUUGUUGCUGGUUUCUCACAAGCAAAUGUUGGUGAUACCAGUCCCAAUGUUCUUGGAGCGUGGUGUGAAGACGGUUCAGGACAAAUGUGCAGUUUCGAGACUAGCACUUGCAGCGAUGGUCGAUCUCAGCAUUGCCAUGCUCGAGGUCCCCUUUUUACGGUUGAGGAUGAAGGAACAUCUUCAUGCUUUGAGAUUGGCAAACGCCAAUACGAACCUGCAAAAAAGCUCUACGAUCAACUCAACCAGGAACCGAAUCCAGUACAAGGGGGCUGGGUAAAGUCCUUCCACACAUUUCACAACAUGUCGAAUCAUCAGUUCCAAUUACCCAACGGGACGGAAGUCAGGACAUGCCCUGCGGCACUGGGUUACUCAUUUGCGGCCGGUACCUCUGAUGGACCUGGUGCUUUCGACUUCACCCAGCAUAACAGCAAUGCAUCAAAUACCUCUCCAAUGUGGCGUGUGGUAGGCGGUAUGCUGAAGAAUCCAACGAAGGAUCAAAUCGCAUGUCACGCCCCAAAGCCCAUCUUACUCGAUGUUGGUGAGGUGUCUAGCCCAUAUCAAUGGACUCCAAAUGUUGUUGACGUACAAGUCUUCCGCGUUGGUCAAUUGGUUAUCAUUGUCAGUCCAGGUGAAGCAACAACCAUGGCUGGACGACGCUGGAAAAACGCAGUUGGUAACGAAGCGACAGCGCUAUUUGCGGAUGAGGGUCGAUCGGCUUCCCCAAUCGUUGUUCUCGGUGGUCCUGCAAAUAGCUAUACACAUUAUAUCACUACGGAAGAAGAAUACGGGAUUCAACGAUACGAAGGUGCGAGCACACUAUACGGGCCGCACACCUUGGCGGCCUACAUCAACGUCACUCUGUCCUGGAUACCGUCCUUGAGUUCGUCGGCUAACAGCCGGCCACCUAGAGGACCAGAACCACCAGAUAACAGUAACCGUAGUCUUAGCUUCAUCCCUCAUGUCAUUCAUGAUUCUCCGCCUCUCUUUAGAAGUUUCGGCAAUGUUAAGCAAGAUGUAGAAGAGAAAUACCAAAAGGGCGUACGAGUAACUACGAAAUUCGUCGGUGCCAACCCAAGGAAUAAUCUCCGCCUCGAGCGGAAUUAUGCCGUCGUCGAGAAGCUCAUCGACGGAGUAUGGAAAGUGGUCCGUGAAGACAGCGACUGGCACCUGGUGUUCCGGUGGCGCCGCACCAGCGAACUAUUAGGUACCAGCGAGGUUGAAAUAACCUGGGAGACGGCGGACCCGUGGGCGGAGCCGGGACGCUAUCGGAUCCGGUAUUUUGGCGACGCCAAGAGCUUGGCGGGGCAGAUCACGGAGUUCGAGGGUGUAAGUAGUGAGUUUGAACUCGUUGAUGAUCAAUGA